UAAAUAGCUAUCUUUUGUCAAAUCCUAAAUAAUAUCAACACAAAAUAUCCUUGUUAUUGUCAAGAUUGAGAUUGUUUGAGAAUGGCUUUUGUACAGUAAUUAAUUCUUAAAGAAUAAUAAUUAAAAAUAAAAAAAUAAAAAAUGGCUUAAACUCAUUAAUUGAAGAACAUCUAUGAAGAAAUCCCGAAGGAAUAAAAGCUAGAUAAAACUACACAACUAUUUGAUGAGAAAGAUAAAUUGAUUCGUGGCUGUUAGAAACAAUUAAGAUUUAAUAGUAAGGAGAUACUAAUUAUUAACUAUUCUGAUUCUAUAUAAUCAGAGAUUUUGGAUAAUAGUUCUAGAUAUUAUGUACAGAUUCAUAUUACACAAAAUCGUAGUAAUUAUGUUAUGACAACUCAGUUUAAAUUAAGUAAUAGAAUUAGAAAAUAAUUCAAAUAAUUGAGAAAUUAUCUAUUAAACAAUGAAGAUUAAAAUACUUAAUUUUUCUUAAGAAAUGAUAAUUUGUAUAUUUAAUACAAAUAAAUAAAAUGGGGAGUAUCUGAAAAUUAUAUUUAUUCUAACGAAUUUUAAAAAGAAAUACGAGCAUUUAUUUCUAGAAUUGACCUUCAAAAAAUAAAGUAUAGACUAUUCUAAGGAGAAGCGAAAUUAAAUAGGGAUUAAGAUUGGAUAAAAAAUGAAUUACAUAAAAUGGAAUUUUAAAGUCCGAUGAUGUUUAGGAAUUUCAAUGCUUUGGACCAAAAAUACAAAUAAUGCUAGCCCUUUAUAUUUAUUAAUGUAUUAAAGGAGGAGUAGGAUAAUUAAAUUCUAUUUUAAAUUUUCUAUGAGAAUAAUUUAUAUAAGAGGAAAUACAAUAAGAAAUUUACAUUUGAAUUGAAUUAAGAAUCAAUGCACUCUUUUAGUCAAUUAUAACAAUAAAUUAACGGAUUUCUUUUUUAAUUAUCGCCUAAAUAAUAAAAAAUAUUGAAGAAAAUAUUUAUUCAAUUGGGAUUUGAUAUUAAAAAGAAAAUUUGCUAUUAAUUUGAUUAAAAAACAGAGGAUUUAAAUAAGAAGAUUUAAGGAGAGGAAUUUUAGAAUCUUUCUAUUAAAAAGUAAAAGAAAUUAAUCGAGAGUGUCUGCAUAAUUUAUUGUCUUUAAGAACAUUCUGUUCUCAACCAGAAUUAUUUCAAUGAAAAUGUUUUUUAAGUUGAUAGUAAAGGCAAACUUAAAAUUAAUUUCCUCUAAUCAAAUGAGCUAAUUAAGUUGAAAAAAGAUUAGUAGAAUUAAAUUUUUUAGAAAUGCAUACAAAAUAAACUUCAUCAUUUAAUAGAAUUAAUUAGCUUUGUAGUAUAAAUCAAUCAAAACAAAUAAUUGUCUGAAACAGAUAGUGAGAAUUUAGUUAAGCUCAAUCAAAUAGUUUAAUAUAGUUCAUUCACAGAAAAGUUAUAAAUUUCUUAGGUAUUAUUUGUGCUGGACUAAAUAACAUUUUGCUAGAAGAAAAAUUAACAAAGUAGCUAUUGA